AUGCUCUUUGCAGUUGUUGUGAAUAUAUGUGUUGCAGUAAUAGCAGGCACAAUGUAUGUUGUCCUUAGGAAGCUCAAAGAGGUUCAUGUUACGAUUAUAAAUGGCCAUUAUGCUUUUGUGAUUGCUUUUGUAUCAACCUUACUUUGGUUCAUUUUUAGGUACAAUCCUUAAGAUCCAAUUCAAUACUAAUUUGAUUCUUAUUAGUAUUAUCUAAUGUUAAUAGUGGCGGUCAACACAACAGUGGGUAAUAUGACACCAAUACUGGCUCUGAAAUUUGAUAAAGCAAGCAGAAUUGCCAGUGUCAACUUUUUGUUAGUACUUAUAAGCUAUCUUGGUGACGUUUUUAUUUUUGGUUAUUCUACUCAUUUUCUAGAGAUAAUUGGAGCUGCUAUAAUAAUAGGUUGCUCUGCUGUUACUAUGAUUCUAAAAUACACUAGCAAGUCUUAAUGA